ACUUUUUUCCCCAUUUCCAGUCAAUGAGCACCGAUCACACUUUCACUUUCUCUACAAAGCUGUAUAAAUACACCUGCAGCUCUCCGCCUCACAGCAACACCUUCACACUCCUGAAGAGACUGAAGCAGCCAACCUUAACUAAGAGCUACGAAGAAACAGAGACAUGGCUUCUCGAAUUGCAGUUCUCCUCUUGCUGGGUGUCAUCUGUGUUGGGUUUGCAUCAGCCGAGAUUGUGAUGGACUGUUGUCUGAAGGUUGCUGAGAAGCCAUUGCCGCUCACAAUCCUUCAAAGCUACACCAUUCAGGAAGCUGGAAAAGGAUGUGAAAUCAGCGCUACUGCGUUCAUUACAAAGGUUGGAAGGAUACUGUGCGUCUCCCACCCCCGUGAUAAAGCGUGGGUGAGAAGUCACAUUAAACAUCUGGAUCAGAAAAGAUCUCAGUAAAAUCAGAUAUAAAGAGGAGAGGACUCUGGGAAAAGAUUGGGGCACCGACUAAACUGAGAGCUACAGACGUCAGAAUCACUUCCAUUCCUGUUCAGAGUCUCAGAAUGGUCACACUGUGCUGUAGAAAAAACUGUUUGAGAAAAUCUAGCCGCUAUGUGUUUCUUGUAAUUUGUGGCUCUUUGCGUUCCCUUUUAUUAUCCUGUGAGUAAAAUAUGCUAUAGAAAUAGAUUUGCCUUGACUUGCCUGAAGGGUAAAGCUGUGAACUAAUAGUGACAUCCUUUUUUAUUGUUAUCGUAAGACUGUAAGGUGCUUGUGAAAUUCUUCACUAAAUGUUUGACAAUCUGUGUUAUCUUUUUAUGAUCAUGUUCUAAAAUUUCAGUCCAUUUACAGUUUGCUGUUUUUGUGAUAUUUGUACAAAAUGUUGAGAUAAUUUGUUUAUCAAAUCUAUGUUAUGUUGAGUGAUUCUAAAAUAAAGUGUUAUUUUUUGUAA